AUGUAUCUCUGUCUUGCCCCAAAAAUUGUAAAAUGGUUUAAAACAGAAUUAAGUACCAUUAAUAUAUCAACAGAACAAAAUGAUAGUUUGGUAGAAGGAGAUUAUGUAUAUACGGGUGUAUUUACACCAUCACCAUUUGAUCCCGAAUAUCGAUUUACGCAUGGUGUCACAUAUGUAUGUGGAACAGAUAAAUGCAAUAAUCCAGAUAUAUUAAAAUUAUUGCUACAAUCCGUAUCAGUAUCCAUUGAUUUUAAUAAAAUUGAACCAUUGUUAGUAUCAAAUCAAACGUUACCGAACCCACAAGAAUCCUGCUUAAUUUAUUCAAAUAUUUCUAAUGAUUCUUGUCCAAUUGAACAGAAUUGUACUUAUUGUGCAUUACUAAUGGAAACACUAAAUUUAGCAGCAACAAAAGUUUGUGCUUACUGUGAAGAUAUUCAGAUUUCACCAUCAUUUUACCAAUUAACUGAUGAAACUAUUCAUCAAUUUCAAGGUCGACAGCUUCGUAGUGUAUUCAUGGUCAAUUGUAAUGUGCCACAAUGUAAUUCGAUUCAAACUGUUCGAACUAUACAAAACAUGUACAAGAAUGAGUUUAAUUUUGACACCUUUUUAACACCAACGUCAUCAUCAUCAUCAUUAUUUACUUUUGUUUCAUCAACAGCAACAACUAUCGUUUUUGGUCACUUUCUACAAAUAAUUUUGUUGUAAAGUAUUCCAAUUUAUUUAUCUACAAAAACUUGUUACCUUUUAAACAUUCAGUUAGCAGUAGCAAAAAAAACUGGAUGUUCACACAUGAAACAGAGUUAAACCGGUCCGGUCCGACCGGUCUGAAAGUGUAACCGGACCGGUUGAAAUUAUAACUCAAACCGGCGAAAAACCGGUAAAAUAUCGGUGAAAACCUGGCGAAGUUGUUUGAAAAUCGGUUUUCAGAAAGAAUUUUUCCCAGAAAUAAAAUAGUUUGCGAGCAUAUGUGGGACAACCUUCACAAUAACGAGUCUAUAAUCUUUAACUUUAAAACAAGUGAUGAAAAAAAAUAAUAGGUAUCUUGAACAUCGUCUUAUUUAUUCUGACUAAAAAAGACUUGAAAUUUUAGUUUUUGGCGGAAAAUAGGGUAAAAAGAGCAGAUGUUUCAAAAGUUUCAACCGGUGAAAUACCGGUCUUUACCUGCUCGGUUGACUUUUUCAACCGAACACUGGAUCUUGUCCGGUACCGGUUCCAGCUCUGCUCUAGAUGAUAUUGCAAAAAAAUAACUAUUAACCGUAUUUUCUUCGAAUUAAAAGCAUCGCUUCUUGUUUUUAUCCUUCAUUGGUAAACUUAAGUGACUGAAUUAAGAAAAACAUUGAUGUAAUUCAAUCAAGAAAAAUGCUUAGUAAUCACUUUAGAUCUGAGAAAUAUUUAUUUUAUCUUGCACCAUCGUAUCGGUUUCAUGUGUGAAAAUUCUGUUUUGCUGCUGCUGCGAACUGAAUGUUGUUGAAUGACUCACCGACAUACUCUGCGAUAUCUCGGUUGAUUUAGCAUGGAAAUUUCUAUUACAAAUUUUAUUUUAUACAUUAAAAUCGGUUUGGCAUACAAUUUCAGAUUUGUGUAAGCUGAUUUAUAUUAGACAACUAAAAUUUGGAUUUUACAUAGGCCAAUCCUAAUUUCUUUCUAGAAUACACGUAUAGUUCGCUAGAGACAGUUGAUCAGGGUGAAUCAACUCGAUCUCUAUGGGCAUCUCGAUUUUAUGUCUACAUGCUUAUCAUCAAUUUAAAUUUGAAUUACCUCUACAACCUAUAUAUAAAAAUCUCGUCAUGGUUACAAGAGACAUGUAUAACUUUUCAGCCAAAACAUACCGUAAAAUCUGAUUUCACAAACUAUAGCAACGGACCAAAAAACGACAAUGAAAAUAACUUCGCAUGUGAAAACAUAACACUUCUUAGCCACCUAAAAAUAGUAAUCAACCGAUACUCAGAAAAUAACAAUGAUACUACACAAAACGCUACUAUACUUAAUAUUAAAUUCUAUCUCAUCUUCGGCAAAAUCUGACAGUCUACAAUUUGUUUCUACUAAAAAUAACACGAAAAACAUCUGUUACACAACUAUCACUAAAAUCAAUCUUGUAUUAAUUCCAUAAUAAAUCAUUUUGAGCUAUUACGGAUACCUCCUGUCAGAAACCUAUCAUACUCCCUAGACAUCCGAUUUUGACGCACUUUUCAUAUAAUCUAAAAUAGUGGAAAAAAGUUUAGAAACAAACUUGUUUUUAUUCUUUCUCGCGACUCCGAGUAGCUACAAUAAAUCUGAGGAUAGGUUCGUACAGCGCUGAUUUGGAUGUGUAUAUAUGUCACAGGAUAGAACAACUUAAAAUUUCAAUUUUAUCCGGAUAUUUUCUAGGAAAAAUUAAAAUUUUCCUGAAUUUUAAUUUCUCCUGCGACAUAUAUAUAUAUUAUUCAAAAAUUUAACUUAACUUUAACCUGCUUAGAAAAAAAAUGUUUUCUCAGAAAUCGAGGAUCUUUAAAAACCCUACGCAAACACUUUUCCCAUCAUUCUGUAAGAUAGAGCAAAGACUUCUCUUCAAAAUGAGAUCCUCUGCAGUGCUUCACAACCUUUUUUCAUUGAAUUAUGACUUUUAUACUCCAAACUCCAAAGUGACAAUCAGCCUCUCACAGCUCUUUUUUUUCAUAACAUUUCUUAGACUUCUGCUUGUGGGGCUUUUGGUGUAAAAGCCAUAAUUCAAUGAAAAAAAGUUGUGGAGCACUGCAGAAGG